CAUUUCCCCUUCCCUGCACCCCAGCCCCCUGCACAGAAGCACCCGAGGCAGGAGGCUCCGUUCCCUGCUGCGCUGGAUGAAGGAGCUGAGCGGGGACCUGCUGCCUGCCCUCGCCCAUGGAGUGUCCCGCAGCCACCGUGGCACUCGCCCUCUCGGGACUGGCGCUGACUUUCUGCUUUGAGCGGCUCUAUUCCGAAUGUUACACAGCAAAUGGGGCGGACUAUCGGGGCACUCAGAACCAAACCUCCUUGCAUGCGGGGAGACCUUGUCUCUUUUGGAAUGAGACUUUUCAGCAUCCUUACAAUACCCUGAAAUACCCCAAUGGAGAGGGAGGGCUUGGAGAGCACAACUACUGCAGGAACCCUGAUGGAGAUGUCAGCCCCUGGUGCUACAUUGCAGAGUGUGAGGAUGGAGUGUAUUGGAAAUACUGUGAGAUUCCGUCUUGCCGAAUGCCUGGGAAUCUUGGCUGUUACAAGGACUAUGGAGAUCCACCUCUUACUGGCAUCAGUGAGACCUCAAACAAACUCACUAUCCAAACCUGCAUCAGCUUCUGCCGAAAUCAGCAGUUCAAGUUGGCAGGCAUGGAGUCAGGCUAUGCCUGUUUCUGUGGGAAUAACCCUGACUAUUGGCGCUAUGGGGAGGCAGUCAGCACAGAAUGCAACAGUGUCUGUUUUGGCGACCAUACCCAACCCUGUGGUGGCGAUGGCAGGGUUAUCCUCUUUGACACCCUCAUUGGUGCCUGUGGAGGGAACUACACCUCCCCAACAUCUGUGAUCUAUUCCCCAGAUUUCCCUGACACGUAUGCCACAGGCAGGGUCUGCUACUGGACCAUACAAAUUCCAGGAGCAUCUCAGAUCCAGUUCGACUUCACUCUCUUUGACAUCAAGGACUCCACAGACAUGGUGGAGGUGCUGGAUGGCUACACCUAUCAUGUGCUGGCUCGUUUUGAUGGCAGGAACCAGCCUCCCAUCUCUUUUAAUGUCUCUUUGGAUUUUGUCAUUUUGUAUUUUUUCUCAGAUCAAAUCAAUCAGGCCCAGGGAUUUGCUGUCGUGUACAGAGCUACCAAAGAAAAGCUACACCAGAACAUUACUACAGUCGAUCAGAAAUUUACUGAGGUGAUAACUGAACAAGCAAAUCUCCGCAUCAAUGCAGCCCAGUCUUCAAAGAUACUUUAUGUCAUCACAACCAGCCCGAGUCAUCCCCCUAGCAUCAUGCCUGAGUGGAUAGUAUAUGGCCUCACAGCUCUCCUCAUCCUAACUGUCUCAGCCAUAUUGGCAAAGAUACUUCUGCAUUUCAUAAUGAAAUCUCAUCAGGCACCUCCUUCAGUUGAGAUAGGGGAUUCUCACCAAGCAACUACUGCAGGAGAGAUCUGGAGUAUUUUUUACAAGCCAUCCACCUCCAUCUCCAUCUUCAAGAAAAAAUUUAAGAGCCAACAAGAUGAUUGCAACCUCCUUGUGGGAAACUAAAGUGCCAGUUACGCCAUGAGACACAAUAUUCUCCUGCAAUUCAAAGUGUAUUGGGGAUAAUCCUUUUCCUCUAUCUUCUCCUGGUUUUCCAAAGGAUCUGGACAGACCUUUUCUGGAGUUCCAUGGUGCACACCAGACAUGGGAAAACCAGCUGCUAUAACCAUUUUGAAGUAUCUGGAGCUUGUCAGCUCUCAUAUCCUUCUAAAUAUGGUCUUAAACCACUUCGCUUAAAAUAGGAACAGAAUCUCUAAAACAGUAGGUGUCCCGCACACCACAAAACGAGAUGAAUGUGGGAACCUUAUGGAGAUCAGGGCUUUGGGUCUGCUUUGACUGCUGUAAUAGUUUAGGGCAUUUUAAGCUCAAA